GGUCUGUUGUUUACUUCUUCCAGGAACGUCGGAGGCGCCGAGAGGAGAGAGAGGGGGGGAGGGAGGAAGAAGAAGAGGAGGAGGAGGGGGCGCUGAUAUUGUGAAACACUUUUUUUCCAGGAUAGAGUUACAUUAGUCAGCAUUUGUCCAGAGAGGUUAUCGUGAGUAUGUUGAGCUGAAUUUCCUCCGUUUUUUCCCCUCUUGAAAAAGGCUCUUCAAACAGCGCGAGACUUCAACAGUACGUAUUGUUUUGGUUUCAGAGCAGCUGGAGUUCAGCACAGCAGUGUUUGUGUCUUUGCUCUUUGUUUCCCCUCACAGGGUCCCUCAGUUCAAGUUCAAGCGUUCAAGUGCUGUCAACAAAGCUUUAAAGCCUGAAUGUAGCUGUUGGUAUGCUCUCUGGGGGGAUUGUCGAGCAUGACAGGGCUGAAGCGAGAGAAAAUACUGAUUUUACAGUGAAUCUGUGCAGAUAGAAACUAGAGUCAGAUGAAAAACAAGUUUGGUUGAGCCAGUGUAGGUUGUCAGUUUUGUUUGUCUUUAUAUCUGAGAGUGUAUUUAACUUGACUGCUUUGCAUUUCAAGCUUCCAGCAUAUUUUUAAACUACUCUUUUUUAAAGUACCUAGUCAGCUGUCGUUUUGUUGUCCUCUCCUCCAGUUUACAACCAGAAUGCCUCAGCUUGGAAACCUGUUAACCCAGUUUCAUCUCACCUCCAAACCUUCAGAAAGUUCAGGCCAGAGCCCACAACUUUCACCAACACUCCCUGAGUUUUUACAACAUGUCAGGUAUGUACCUUGUAAGCACUUUUAUUGAACAUCUAUAAGACUUGUCCUUUAACUCUGUAGUAUCCAGGUAGUUUUAGUAUCUUUUAGCUGUUAUCUACUUUGUUUCAAGGGAGGGAGCUGUUUGAGAAACACUUUACAGCUAACCCAUCAUAUAUCAAUGUUCUCAAUGCUUUAUGAAUAACCCGCAACACAAUGUGUACAUGUAAUGGAAUUGUGCAAUACCAAUUGACGGAAUGUAUGGUAGAUAUGCGUGUGUGUUUGUGUUUUAUUAUUGUAGUAUUUAUUACUGUGUAUGUGUUUUAUUACUUUAGUGUUAAUUUUUUAUUUAUGCACUGACCGUCUGGCACUAUUAAAUUUCUUUGUACUUGUUACAAUGACAAUAAAGGACUAUUCUAUUCUAUUCUUUUCUUUUUUGUUCUGUUUUGUUGAAUGUUUUACAGCAUUGAAGUUGCCAAAUGAAGUCAACCACUAAACUUAAUGGUUCUUUAGACUCUCUCUUUAGAUCACACACACAGACUAACCCAAUAUUUCUUAUUCUGUUGAAUCAAUACUGCAGGAAAUUCACCGGCUUAAAGAAUGAAGAUGUUUACUGCAACUUGCGCAUCCCUGACCAGUCUAAAACCAACAAAGAUGACAUCAACAUCGUACUCCUCACAGGUUGGUAGUGAUGUGUUGGUCGCGAACGAUUCGUUCAAAAGAACCGAAUCUUUUAAGUGAACGUACUGAACCGAUUCACUUUCUUGAGUGAUUCGUUUGUUUCUCACUUCAGUUGAGCUGAAGUGAGAAACAGCAUAGCCAGGCCAGCAGGCGGCAAACGAGGGACCACAUGCACCGAUGCCUGAAUCACUUGGUGAACCAAUCAUGGUUUGCGAGGGAACAGUGCAUGUUCAGUGUGAAUUCUGCUAAAGGUUCAGUGAACGAAUCACUGAGCCCAAUUUACUGAGCAGACCUGGUAAAAAGCAUACCAUAGGACAGUACACUUAAAACACCAUGACCUAUAAACAAGUUCAUUUUUACAGACCUGUUUGCCAAAGCAACACAGCCAAACGCUCUGGUCGCAGGGUUCUCCCGCCAAGCGCUCAAUGAUUCGGUGAUUCGGUGAACGAAUCUUUUGAAUGAAUCUUUUUAGUGAACUGAUCCUAGUGAUUCAGUACAUCUAAAAGAACUGCCGUGCCCAUCACUACAGGUUGGUUCGCAGAAAAAAAGUUUUAUGUCUUUACUUCUCUAGCUUCAAAGCGUCAUUGCGUACAGAUAACAGGUUUAAGCUAACUGUUCCAAAAGUUAACCCUACAGCAUUCAAUCAUCCGUGGAUUUGCUAUUUUAAGAUAUCACUAUAUUACUAUAUCAAGUUGUUUUAUGUACUAGCACAGUCUAUCAAUAUGUUUUCAUGAUAUUUGGCACAAGCACCACACAAGACGGGACAUACUGUGAUAAAAAAUGUGAUUAUUUUGCAUACGAAACUGCAGAAAAGACCGAGCUAAUCUGUCAACAUGCUACUCUCGACUCUGUAAACCUUGACUCUAUGUGAUUUUUCUUUUCCUUUAACAAAGGCCAUGGGAUCUUCUGUGUAGACGUGAAAUCCUGGAGAGGUGCAGUGUCUGUUCAAAACCAAAACUGGCAAAUAAAAGUGAAAGAACAGGACCAAAACUUUACCAACACCUGUGUCGAGCAGACUGAAGAUCCCCUCAAAGCUAUUAUGGUAAGAAAAAGACCCAUUUUACUGACAUCUUGAAAUACCAACAUGAAAACCUAAAUGUCAAACUGCCUGGCACACUUGUGUCUAAGGUCCAAUCAAUUGUCCAGCACAUUGUUUUCAUCCUAAUCUCUACCGGGUUAAGAGAUUCUGAGUCACCAUAACAAUUUAUAUGGAAAUUUCAAACACUGCAGGGCUUCCUAAACUUCCCGAGUGCACACUCUUCAGCUGGAAGGACUUAAUUAUUUUCACUGGGUUGUGUGUGUGUGGGGUGCUGAAGCAGGCAGGUGCCUAAACACAGCUGUCACCUUAUGUGCUCAUUCAUUCAUUUACAUCUCUAAAGAUGUGAAAUUUUAACACGCAGCUUGGCUUAAGAGCCUGAUGGCAAACACACAUUGAAUCAUGUAAAUAGUUAAAUUGGACAUAUUAACUUCAUUAGUCGGCAAGAGCAGAAACAGCUUAUCCAGUUUAGCAUUAAUACUGUUAGAGGAUGGCCCCAAUUAGAAAUCAAAACCCAUAAAACCCCACUUGUAUUCUUCCAACUGAAUAAAGAAUAAUUCAAGUUCUUGUUUUUUAAGUACCUGCAGAAACAUUUCUCCUUGUUUUAUCAGUCUCUCAGGCUUGAGCCAGCCAGCCAGCAAUGCAAUGCAAAAGAACAAGAAAUCUCUCUCCCGCCUCCAACUAAUUCAGAAUGCAGCAGCUCGGCUUUUAACUGGUUUUAGUAGACGGCAUCACAUCACUCCAAUUUUAGCCUCCCUGGCUUCCUGUCAGUUUUAGAAUUGAUUUUAAGAUUUUAUUGAUUACUUUUAAAGCACUCAAAGGACUCGCUCCGAGCUACAUUUCAGAGUGUUUAAUACCUUAUGAGCCAACUCGCAGCCUCAGAUCCUCUAGCGAAGGCCUCCUGGUCGUUCCAAAGUUGAGGCUCAAAACUAAAGGUGAUAGAGCUUCCUCCAUCAGAGCUCCUCGACUUUUGAACGACCUGCCGGAGGAGAUAAGGUGUGCAGAGACAGUCACUUCUUUUAAGUCAAAUUUAAAAACUCACUUUUACGGACUCGCUUUUAUGUGAUGCUGUCUUUUCUCUUUUUUCUUUUAUCUCUUUUACCUCUAUCUUAUUUCAACUUACUAUUCUCUUAGCCUUUGUUUUACUUAUAAUCUUUUCUUAGUUUACCUUUUAGGCCCUUUAUUGAUUUUAUUGUUUUUUCCUGCUCAUUUUUAUUAUUCCAUUUUAUCACUAAUAUUACCAUCAUUAUCAUUUUAUUAUGAUUUUAUUAUCAUUAUUAAAGUUGUCUUUUUAUAUGUACUAUCCUGUUUCCUGCUUUCUGCCCCCCUUUUUUUAUUACACUUCUUCUUCUGACCUAUUUUAUGUUUUUAUUUUGGUCCUCAUGGUCUCACUUUAUUUUGUAGGUUUCUUGUAUUGUCUGGGUUUCUUAUGAAAGAUGAAAUUGGCCUUCAAUACGGAGGCCUUGUUUUUAACUGAGCUUUUGUUUUUAUUUGUUUUUAUUUCCUUGUGCUGAUGUUCUGUGCUUUGCAACUGUUUGUCAAAGCACUUUGUAAACUCCUGUUUUUAAAAGUGCUACAAAAAAAUAGUUAUUAUAUCAUUAUUAUUAUUAUUACUAUUAAUGAGCCAAUCAAAACACUUUUGAUGUUUAAUUCUAACUGUUAUUUCAUUUGUCAAGUCAGGUCAAGUCAAUGUUUAUUUAUUAAGCACCUUUAAAAGACAGCAGUCAAAUAAAGUGCUGUACCUGGGAUAAAUAAAAGAGGUAAAUAAAUAGAUAACAAUAAAAAAAAAUUAAAACAGUGGAAUAAAAUACAGUCAGUAAAAGAAGAAAAGCUACAGUGUGUGGGUCUUUAAAGAUGAUUUAAAAGACUCUAAGGUCUGUGAGGCUCUAAUAUGGACAGGUAAACUGGUUCACAGUCUAGGGGCAACAGCUGAAAAGGCCCUGUUACCUCUAGACUUGAGUCUGGUUUUGGGGACGCUCAACAGUAACUGGUCAGAGGACCUUAAGGCUCUGGCUGGAGAGUGGUGCAAGACCAUUGAGGGCUUUAAAAACGAUUAAAAGAAUUUUAAAAUCAAUACCGAAGCGGACUGGGAGCCAGAAAAUUUGCUAAUUUUCCUUAGAUGUGUUGUUUUUAAAUAUUCAGGCAUGCUGGAUGUUAAAAAAAAAAAGUUUGAUGGCAGAACUUUUUUUCUUUUCUUCGAAGAAAAACUUUGAAUGACCUUAUGUUAAAAAUCUGUAAUUAUUAAUUCAACCAGUAGCUGCUCAAAGAAAAGUUAUUAAGACUUCACAGCAGAGCAGACAGUCAACAUGAGCUGACUCUCCCUUUCUAGACCAAGACUGCAAACUUGUGUGGCCAUCUAAAGAGGAGUGGAGUGCCAGUGCGCCAAAGCCUCUUCUUCCCCAGAGUCAUCUUCCUCUCUCCGGACUGUGAACUGGAUGAAGAGCUGAGGAAGAGGAGGGAGCUGGUCUCCCACAGCCAGAUAGAGGACUUCCUCAGAUCCUUCAGGGAAGGUUACAUGGCCUGGAUUUCAGAUGCACUGACUCCGUCCUGGCUCUCAGGUAAGUAAAGUAACACUUGAAGGGGUUUUGAUGUAAGGGUUUAAUACAUUGAUUAUCUGUAUUUGUAUUUUCUUGAUCAUAAAAAGACAUGAAUGUAGAAUUCAGUCCAUGUCAUGGGUGUCAAAAAUCUCCUUAUGGGAGUUUUAAUAAAAACAAAUCUACUUCAAGAGGCCUUCAAGCUGAAAUACUUGAAUUCCUCUUAUUUUGCUAGCUUGUGUUUCCUUGUUCUCUAGGUCAUCUGUCCUAUAAGCAGAUGGAAUCAGUGCGGGGGGUCCUGAGGGGGGUAGGAACGUGGGAUCUGAUGCGGCUCCACUGUGGCGAGCAGCUGAAAGGGGACUACCGGGGCUGCCAGUACAUCGCUCUUGACCGACGGGAGACGGACACGCUCGAGUUUUCCAGAGUCAAGACCCUGUCAGCUGAUUCGCUGUGGUCCCUGCUGGGACACACUCCUCAGGUCAGUCCACAGCUCCAAAUCAGUUAAUGAGAGUUAAAGAACUAAAGCCAAAGACCAGUAGGUGGCAGUAGUACUUUAGGGCUGCUUCAUACAGCUUUUAGUUAUUUUUAUCCAUGAAUAACAAAGGUUUGAUUUUAGCUCAAGACCGUAAAACAUGUCAGCAACUCUGCUGUUAUUUUACAGUUUUUUGGUCUAUGAUUAUUUAAAAAUGUGAGUUUGUUUUCAGGGGAAAAAUGAUUAAAUAAUUAAGUUCAAUUUAGGAAUUCAGUUAAGAAAAAUUCUCAAUUGACAACACCUCAGUGAAAUCACUCACAAUUAUAAGCUGAGUCUGAUUUAUUAAAGGCUUAACUGUUGGAUUUAAUGUGGUUCUUUUCAGAAAAUCUACCCGAAAGCAGACUUUUUCAAGUGACACUUGUAUGAUGCGGCUUUAAAAUCAUUUUCCCUUUUCUCCCUGUCUUAAUUACUGCCUAAUCUCUCCAGUUUUUUAUUGAGGUAAGUCAUUCAAGCUCCCCGCAGAGAGACUCAUUAGCUGCUUGAACUAAGGCUAACAAGGUCUGAAAAGCUUUUUCUGGGUCCUUUUUUAAGAUUCAUUUGAUUACAAAAUAAUUAAUCAAAUUGAUUAAUUAGUGUCAGGCUUCUUCGGGGUGGUAUAAACUGUUUGCUGAAUUCAGAGCGAUCAGGAUAUUUGCAUAACAAACUUUUGACCAGCAUAUUAAACCAAAAGCCUUUAAGAUUAUACAAACUUGUUUAUUGGCGCUCCAGUGCUGCUAGUUCUAGAAAUGUUUAAGUAGAUGUCAUACACACACGAGUCAUGGCUCUCAAGGUCCAGCAAGUGCGACCCUUACAGAUUUCACACCCGCCCUCUGCAACCCAAACACUCUGGGCUUUCCUUACCGACUCCACUCAGGCUUUUCGUUCGCCCUCCGCCUCCCCCGUCCUCCCCCCAAACUUCCAGACUGUAUGCACUUCCCCUCUCGCCUCCAGCAGCUGUGUAUUUGAUACAUGACCCGACAAUCAUUAAGCAGACUGCAGCGGGCCCUUUCUGGCCAGAGGGGACACACUCGGGGACAACAUAAUUUACCAUUAUAAGAUAUAUUUGUAAAUGGAGGCAAUGUGAGGGGACCUUGUACUCCUCAAGAAGAAUUUAGCCUAAAUAUGAUGGUGUUAGCCACUUGACAGGCCUAUAUGUGUAUUUAAUGAACAAUGUCCAGAAAUAAUUUGUGUAUUUAUGUUUAAAACUUGAGGAUUUUGCCACCUUAGACAUAAAAAAAGAUCUUUGCACGUGUGCGGCAGCUGCCAGGGGAAACUCAGGGGAUGUGCGGAGAAACCUGAUCACUCCCUGAGGCAUAUUUUCAGUGUCCAGAAAUAAUGCAUGCUUUUGAUUUGUUACUUGUAAACACACAGGGGUAAAAAGAUCCGAGAUACGACCCGAAGAUUCACUCAGUGAGGCAUCUGUCGGGUUGUGAGAGGUGGCACCAGAUGCGAGCACAAAGCUACAGCGGAGGUGUGUUUUCUGCGAGCUGAGUCGAUUACUCUGCAGAGAACGGGGUGUGUGCGUGUCCCCAAAGUGGAGAAUGAUUGAGUAGAGUGGCUGUAAUUUAUUAAUUAUGCUCUAUAUUCUUAGACCACGGUUCUGGCUUCAUUCAAUUUGUAUGGAUUGAGGGGGUAAUUAUGUGUGUGUGUAUGAGCGAGGCUGUGCGCAGAACUGCGUGUGUGUAUGUGUGAGGUAGAGAGCUCUUUUCAUGUCAUAAUUUCAAGUGCAGGCAACUUAUAUUGUUCAUCUUCAUGUCUCUUAAAUUUGACUGUUUCAUGAGCUCUUUGCACCAGAAAUGAUGAGGUUUAUUCAGGGGGAGCAGAAUCGAAGCCCCUGUGUUUCAGCGCUUCAUAGAUCGUCUGCUAAUUGCAUAGCUGCGAGAACAACAAUCUUGACUACACUCGCCAGUCAGCUGAUUAUUCGAACCAACAACACCAGCUUAAAAAAAAAAAAAAAAAAGAUCCCGGCAAAUUCACUGACAACAUCUCUGCAAACAAAUAAUCAGACCUCAGUUACCAGAGAUACGUCUCGUCUCCCUGACUGGCUACAGAUUCCACAUGGAUUCAAGCUUGUUAAUUUAACUCCACGAUGACAUUCCUCCCUGUUUGUUCGUCUCCCAGGCUGCACGCAUCACGGGCCUGUAAUGGACAAGGCUGGUGCGCCUUGUGCCGAGCACAGAAAAGGCGGAGAGGGGAGACAUCAACCGCUUUGUGGUGAUAAUGAAUGGAGGCACACAAAAGGACAGGCGCUGGCCAUUUACAAAGCCUGCAAAUUCUACUGCCUAAAUAGAUAAUACUGACAGACAGUGUGGCUUUUUGCCCUCUUUUUAUGUUGAGAAGAAAGAAUCAAGCCAUUUAAAGAAAAUAUAUUCAGGGACCAUUUCUGUUAAUUAUUAGACGGACAUUAAAACGUUGUAAAAGAGGGCAGAGUCCUCGUCGAUAGAAGGAAAAAAGGUAUUUUGGUAAACAAAAAAAUUGGCAUGAAUUAUCUGUUUUGACGGAAUAAACACAUUUUUCUUAUUUUCCAAAAGAAAACUGGAAAAACACUUAAAAGUUGUGCAACAAAAAUAAAACAUGUCGAACUUUUAAGCAACAAAGUUUCCUGUUCUUUCAGGUUAACUUUAACUCAACUUUCUAGACUGGUAAUUUCUAUCCCGUAGAUGAGUUUCAAAGAAAGUUUGAAGUGGAAUUUCCCAGAAAAAAAAAAAAAGCUCUAUUAGUCGUAUAGCUUUUAUCAACCGAAAUGAAAAUCGUGGGGAAAUUACCAGGAUGUUCAGAUUUCUGUAAUUGCAGCGUUGCUCUUGAAAAGGAAACUGGAAUUGGAAAUAAUUUGCACCCAAGUGUGUGUAGGAAGCUACAGAGGAAAGCUAACCAUGCAAUUACACAUUCGAAGAGUGCUGCAGAAUCACAAGUGUUAGUAAUGAACUAGUGAAGACACCGGCACUUAUAUGGUGGAAGGCAAUGAUAAAAGCUGCCUUGUAAUAGCGUGUGAUUAAACUUGAUAAAAAUCUAUUUUUUCACUCGAGCACUAAGCCGCUGUGGAGAGUCCCGUGGAGAGAUUCUGCAUCCGUCAAUUUGAGGAUGACUCAAUGUGUUUCCUCCAAAUUCAUCACCCAGCAUGCAAUAGCAGUCACUGUUAAGAGCUCUUCACAUGCUCUUUUGUUAAUUUAGUUAAACAUCAACCCGCAGAGUUCAUGUUUUACACAUUCCUACUUAACACAGGUAGAGAUUGAGUUUUCUGUAAAUUUGAAUACAUGUUUAAAAUAAAGCUCCAAACCAUUAAUAUUCAUUACUAAAUAAUUUCUUUGAAUGUGGAAUGAGCUGUCUACACCCACAGAAGAUCACUCUGCAUCAGUAAAUCAACAGCUGAACGGGUCGUUAAAAGUGAUCCAGCAUUUGUUGUCGUCGUAAUAAUCUUUUUUUAUUGUUGGAAAAGGUUAAUCACGACAUUAAGACUGUAUUUAAAAACAUUUGGAGCCAAUACUCAAACUGAUAAUCAACAUGGUGCGUCUUAUUCAGUUUUUAUAUCCUUUUUUUUUGGAAAUAAUAGAAUUUGUAAGAAUAAUCUAUUCGAGCAGUGGUGCGUGUUGGUUUUGGCGCCCCCUGUGGACAAAACAGCCCCUUGUGUCUUUGCUGAUUUAUGCUGCAUUCGAGUUACAUCACAAGUCAGAUGUCGGAGCUGAAAAUGACGUCACACCUGAGUUACCAGCGUUUCAGUUACCAACUUGGAAAAAAGCAAAAUCGGAGGCGGAAACAAGAUGGCUACAUGUACAUGUACGAAAGUUAUUUUAGUACUUGCCUUGUCCUUGUUAUAUUCAGACUCAGGUGUGACGUCAUUUUCAGCUCCGACAUCUGAUUUCCUGAGGUAACUCGAACGCAGCAUAAAUCGGCAAAGACACAAGGGGCUGUUUUGUCCACAGGGGGCGCCAAAACCAAAGCAUCUGAUUUUCCGAGGUAACUGAAACGCAGCAUUAGUCUUGGACUCAAAUAAAUGGCGUGUUUUUACAAAAUUCUCCCGCUGCUUUAUUUUAACAGUGUAACAUGACAUAUUGGUAAUCUUAAAAACAGCAACAGUACAUAAUGGAGUCUACCCACUACAAGUUUCAAACAUAAAAAAUAACCAUAUAAAAGAAGCCGAUCUUGAUGCUCUUGUGCGCCAUAAAGAGGCAUCAACAUUCAUUUUAGUCAGUAUCAAAACCAGCCAAAAACUCUCCACAGGAGCUUUAAGUGUCUUAUUUUGGCACUUUUCACGAGUUUUUAGUUGAAAAAUUCACAGUGAAAGCAGAAUAUCAUUAGAUAUUGAUUUAAACAGUGUUGAAAAAUGUGUAAAUCAUUUUAUUCUCAGAGCUUUUUGCCUUGUUUGAUACUAACUUUGAUUUUUUAGUUGAUUGUGGCAUAAAAAUGAUAUUUUGUUGGUCUUUUUGAAACUCAUGACCCUGUUUUCUCACAUUUUAAAAACUAUAAUUACAGCCCCAUCAAAAAGCAGUCACUGAUUAUACUGACUUAUUGGCCAGACUUUUAUUAUCACUCAUUUAAUACCUCGAUUAGACAAUAUAGGCAUCAUUCAGUCUUUUCUUUCCUAUUAGUGAUUGUCCCACGUCAUCCACUUUGGCAUCAGAUACUCGGUUCAGUAUUUAUAGGAAACUUUCUUUGGUCACAAGCCAAGAUGUUAAUUUUAUCUGUAAAGCUGGGCUAUUUGUUUUUGAGAUACAGGAUAUUACAGUGAUCCCCACAGUAUAGGCAGUGAGAUAUGAUCAAUAGGGAUUCAUGAAUAAUGAAGAGGCCGAGUGGAGCAGAGACACUUAAUUACAGUUUCAAAAGCCAUUCCCGUUAAUUGAGGAGAAUAAAGGUGCUGAAGUGGACUCGACGGCAACAUUAGAAUUUUUUAUAUCAGGUUCCUUUUAUUCAAUGAAUUAUACGACAAAAACCUCCACUAGCAGUCGGCGAAUUCUCCCUGUUUUCUCAGUGAAUCAUUCUGUGUUUGACUUCUAUUAUUGUAGUUUAUUUAGUGCGCUCGGUCCAUUUCCUGUGACCACCUGCGAGCAGGGUUUCGUUCUUUUAAUGCAAAGUCUAGUAUGCUGCAUGUCCAGACAGAGCGAGUGCAGCAGAUCCAGUACGUAAUUGACAGCGCUGCCAUCUGUUACAGUUAUGUGAAAUUAUGGAUAAACUAGUUAACAGACACUUUGUCCCAUUGUCUGUUGUUUUGAUAAUCACCCUUAAUAACGGACUGCAUCAAUAUGGUCUUUAAACCCGAUUUGGGACUUAAUGGAGUCAGAUGGGGGCAGUCAGUGUAUGCUCAGGGGGGUAAUGCUGUUAGAGAUGUUUGUAAAGAGCAAAUUAAAUCAGUCAUAGAUUGUGCCCUCUCAAGUCAGCCAGACGACCAGACCCAUUGAGGAGAAAAAGGAGGGGGAUUCAUAUUUUAAAGCUCUCGCAGAAAAUGCACUUAUGCGGAUGGAAAUAAAGUCAGAGAUGGGUGAAUGGAAGUAAAUGGUUAUUGCAGAGGGUCUAAUGGCUUCCUGUUAGCCGGCGCGGGACGGUUAGACGCAGAGAUGUGGCUAUUUAGAACUUAACCAGCCAUCUUUAACAUUCAUGACUUUAGACAAAUGUGGUUACUGACGCAUACGGCUAUGUCACCAAACCGGAGUUUAGGCAUCUUAAUGGACGUGGGCAGCCUACUUCCUUUUCAAAAUAUCUCAUUGGAUCUUAUUUUAGGAAAUUUGUCAAGAAAUUUGAAUUUGAUGCCAUUUCCACCUAUUACAUCCAAUUGAGUCCUUCAUUUUCGACUUGGGAUAAGGUUUAUCUCUGCGUUUGUUGGGUCAGUGAGGCUCAUAUUAGGUGUUAUUGGAUGUUUAAAGAAAAAAAUUAGACAGUCACAUUUAGAAGGAUUUUGGGUUUUGCAGUCAAGCUCAUGUGAGAGUUUAUGCAGGGUGUAUAGAAAUACUUGUUUUAAAUUUUAUUAGGCAGUAAUUGAACUGAUCUGUACUCAACAAGACAAAAUGGCUAUCUUCAGUUACCUUCCUGUCAAACUUCUUGUCAUCAGUCUAAUAUCACUUUCGAGGACUGAAACUAUGCAAUGAUCUGGAUGUAUCUCUAAAAUCAAUAUUAUCCUUCAAAUCCUUAAAAAUAUCAUUGAAAUCUCAUCUAAUCAUGUCUUAAACACGUCAUUAACUGUUAUGUUCAUGUUUCUUUUCUUUUUAUGUAUACUUAUAUAUUUUCUAUCUCUGAUUGGGCUGGUUGAUGAUUAGUCUAUGUUCUGUUUAUGACAGUUUGUAUAUGUUUUGACCUUUCCCUAAUCAUUGUAUGAAAAAAAGAUGCAUCCCGGGAGGAAGCGAGAAGACUGAUACAACAGCAGACUGACUGUUUUUCAGUUCUGAUUAGACACUAGUGUUGAGAUGACUGUCUGUCAUGAUAGCAUGUACUGAGUCGGGGCCAGUACCAGAUAAGAACAUUAAACUAUAAUCCAUAAACGUAAAGUAACAACCGAGACCUAAUGGUGCUGUGACAGCAAAGCGAUUGCGUUUGAGACAGUGAAAAUACAUAUGGUAUGUUGUAUCCGAACAGGUUAGCUUACGAGCUAAAGUUACUUAGCACAGAUGAAAGUUAAAACAAAGACGUUUAGCAAACUGUUCAAGCACACAAACCAUCGUCAUAUGAGAUAUCCGACGCUAUGACUCUCUACAAACUAGCCUUCAGGUCGUCAUCUUUGUAAUGUUUGUGUCUUUUAUCAAAAAGCACUCUGUUCUCCGACACGUAAACAAUCAGCCGGUCGGCCAUGUUGGAUAUACCGGUGAAUCAGACGUCACAACAACACGAAAUCUGAUUGGUCAGAAGUGGACAAACAGUAUGCGAAACUUCAGAAAAAUCGAUGUGACACGAAAAAAUAAAUGCUGAUGUGAACGCUUGUAUUGACAGGAUACGGGUUCGAAAAAAAUAUUGACGUCCAAAAUAAUCACAUGAAAAAAGCGCUCCCGGUGUGAAAGGACCUUUAAACUGUACAGCCGCCUUUAAAAAAAUGAGUAAAUGGAAUCACUGAUAAUCCAGUUAUUCACACUCUGACUCAACAGGUAGUUGAUUUAUUCACACAGCGAGCCAAACCACCAGUGUUUACCUAAUUGCCUCGUUAAAGCCAGAAGCAGCUACAGCAAACCUCUUUUGCUGCGAUUUAAUUACAUUUGGCUUGUUUACAAAGAUUUUCGGUGCGCCAGAGGUGUGUUACUCAGUGUUCCUCCCGGUGUGUGUGUCUGCUAAGACACAGCGAGGAACAAAGAGCCCGUCGUCUGAAGCCGGUGUGGCGUUACGCUCACUCAGAGUUCACCUGAAACACUGCACCCAUGGCUCCAGGUAACAGGCCCCUCUGAGUGAUACCCCACCGGGAUUCUUUGACUUUAUCAGGGAGGAGAAUCUGAACUUUUUGAAUGGCAAUACACACAGGUGGUGACACGUCCAUACCAAUUACACAGCUCCUCACAUCAUUCAUGUUUGUCAGACCACUCAGACCUUGAACUACAAAUAAUUUUGUUUACAAGUAGAAAAGUUUUGCUCAGUAUCUUAAAUCUUAACAUUUCUUGGAACGAUUUAAAGAAACAGGCAGAGAAAGUGUGUCAUGGAAGACCCUGCAGCUAGAAGAGGAGGAAACAGUUGAGAUAGCUAUCAGCUAUUUGUACAGAGAUUUCUUUGAGAGAGCGAGUCGUCCUCUUGAGUUUAAGAGGUUAGAAGGUCAACAGUGAACCACAGGCAGGAUUUAUGACUAUUAGCAGACCGUAAAUAAGGAGUAACAGAGUUUGUCUGCUUGAAAUGUGAGGAGUGAUGUCAUUCAAACGACUCCCCUGACACAGAAAGUGAGAGGCAGAUCAGAGGUAGACUACGUUAGGUGAGCUUUCAGCCCUUUGUGUGACACCCAGCCUUAGCCUCGAGGAUCCUGUAUUAGCCAUGAAGUGUUAAACAGACACAUUCAGGCCUGUCUGUGCUUGGAUUAGUCAAGAUCGUCUCAUACUUUUGAACAUUUCACAGUCUGAAGUGAGAUUUCUUUAUCUAAAACUUGUCAAAGAUUUGCUCAUCUUAAAGAUGCAGUUUGCACUCAAAAAUGACAUUGUUUUGUCUCACCAGGAGCUGUUGUACACUUUGUUCUUUGCUGUAAUUUAGAUACACACACUUGCUUUAAGUGGAUAAGGAGCUGUGACAGAUCCUGUACCUGGCUCAGCACCUGGCAGGCAGGCUGUCUAGACCGCACAGGACUCCCUUCUUUGAGUUAAUGCCAAAAACAGCCACGUACUUUCCCGGCGGAUUGGAAAGCUUUGCCAAUGUCUGUAGCAUUUGAUUCUUUUGGUUUAAAGUUUCACGACACGGAGAGGAUCAGUUUGUGUAAUACAUGGCUGUUUUUUGCUGAAGUAAGACAAAGUUUCAGCCCUAAUCCUUCUUUUUUGACCAAAGAAAUCCAGAGGUUUUUGAAAACUGUAGAAAACAGCUGUUAUAUACCGUAUUUUUCGCACUAUAAGGCGCACUUAAAAUCCUUUUGGACUGUCAGAGCACUGCAGCUACCGUAGCCUCGCAGAGUUAAUGCGCUUUAUAAUCCAGUGCGCCUUAUGUAUGAAAAUAGAUGCAAAUAGAUGCGUUCAUUGAUGGUGGGCUUUAUAAUCAGGUGCGCCUUAUAGUGCGAAAAAUACGGUAAGGUGUAAUGUAAAGUGAGCAGGGGGUUAUGCAAAUUAGAAUAUCGACAAGGGGAGCAAGACCGGCCCGAAACUCUUUUAUGUUUAGCAUUUUAACAAAUGUCACUAGAAUAUCAGUGGCCGCACUUUUGCCAUUGACUAGUCGCUGUGACGAGGUUUCGACCAAUUAGAAUCGAGUAUUUCACACUUAUGGAUACUUAUAGAAGAUUUUUGGAGUGUGUUUUGUCUUUUUAAAGGUGUACUUAGUCUCUGUGAGUGUCUUUAAAUCCGUAAUCUUCAUGCACUGACCAGGAGUCGCGCUCUUGAUCUUGUCGUCUCCUGCCGUACAAUGAUAAUAAAGGCUGUCCGUCCAAUUUUAAUUACUGCAGUGUAUAAACGUGCAAACUGCAACACUUAAAACAUCUGUGUGCAUCAGAUCAGAUAACAUUGCCUUGUGUUACAUCAGAGUAGUCAUACAAAACUUAUGUUUUUUGUAGUUGCUUUAUGUCUGUUUUCUUCAAUUUGGUUGAUGUCUCUUUCACUCAGCUCGUUGAAUGUUAACAUCCUUAUCUAAUUAUUAAUUUGAAUAGUUGUUUCCAAAAGUUUGAAGAUAAAACUUAAUGUGAAAAAUGAUUGUUCUUGCAAAACGAUGGAUGAUUUGAAUGUAGGAGCUGAUUUCUGAGCAGCUUCUGUUAAAAAAGGCAGUUUAAAGAAUCAUAAAGCUUUGAUUUUCCACAUAGGUAUUAUUCGGUCUUUUAUUAAAUAGCUUUUUACCUCAGAUUGUGUAUAAAGUUGGAGCUGUUUUAGCUCUACCGUGAUAAAAGUCCUCAUCUCUGCUCUCAUUAUAUAAGGUAAUUGUUCAUAACGUGGUUCUGAUUUGUUCGUCUUUUUGUUUGUCUCUGCGUCUCUCUGCCACCAGCUGUCAUGAAGCUAUUUUUUUCAUGCAUCUGAAAUUAACAGACACUCAUUCUGAAGUGUCUGAAGCUAUUGUAAUACAAGCCAUGUGGCAUCCGGCCAAGGCUGCAAUAUAAGACACAAUUGUUGCGUUUUUUCCCCCCUCUCUCUUUUUUCCUGUUUUAAUGCACAGUAAUAAGUAAGUAAAUGCUGCAAAGAUGUGUGUCUAAAAUCGCGGCGGCCUUUGUUGAAGAUAAUUAGGUUAGCAGCAAGAGCGUGCAGGUGCUGAGGGUGUGCUGUGCGCUCGUGUUGUGUUAUCGACUUGCUCGUAUUCGCAGGCUGUCAGGGGUGUCGCACUUCCCAUCAGCCCCAAAGCUCAGCAACCUCUUCACUAUUAAAAUGAUCACUUUCAAUAGCAGACAAAGGAAAGAGGGAACAUAUCUAGUGCAGGGUAUUUUCCCCACCUCUAAUGCUUAUCUGCCUUUUGAUGUCGGCGUAAUAAAAGGCCUAUUGGGCUUCCACAAUGACCUGCAAAAUGGACAAGAGCCGAUAUACUGGGCUCUGACUGUCGCUACCAUUAACUAAAAGGCCCAGACAUUAUGGAGAGCCGGGGAUGAAAGAACAUGGAAAAAAAAUAAUAAUUGAAAAAUUGCCUAAUGCUAAAGUGAAAGAAAAUGGAACUGUGAAAAGGCACUGUAAUAUUCUGUUAUCCCCUGUAAAUGCAGCCAAACAAGAGCUGCAGCAAGGCAUUCUUUUUGAAAUGGAUGUGGUUCAAUUACCUGCAUGUCUAAAUCUAGUUAAGGCUUCCAUUGUCAGGCUCAAACAGAACAGGCAGUUUUGAUGUAGUGUUAAAGCGUAUUAUGCCCUACAACCUACAUAGAAUCAAGAGAGCUGUGACUCCAUUCAAGGCGUGGAGGAGAAUUAAAACAGCUCACAUUGAAAACAAGGUUAAUUUAAUAUUUAUCCGGAUUCAGACGUCCAAUUUGGAUUACUGUGGAACAAAGAGGUACACGAUUUCUGCACAGUAGCAGGAAAACUGUGACUGUUUUUUUAAGGCUAUACUGAUGCGCCAAAAACAACUGAUUCCUUUCACCAGGUUAGACAUUUCACCUGAUUAAAAACACAAAAUGGUAUGAUCCUGCUGGAAGAUUUAUCGAUUAAAUGAUCAAUUGAAAGAGGAAAUUAAUCACUUGUUGUACGUGUGUGUGAAUGUGGCCUGUGUUCAAAAAAUAAGGAACAAAUUUGAAAUUGGAGUCAAACGAAGAAAGUAAUUUGUGAUCAUUAAUUUGUAAUACUAAUAUAAUCAAUGUGAUCAUCUGAUUACUCAUUUAUAAUCACAUUUAAUCAUUUAAUAUGCAACUUGUAUUGCAAAUUUAAGAAGGCAAGGUAUCAAUAGAGGGCAUUUGUUUUUAAAUCAGUCAAUUAAAAAGUUGUUUUGUUGUUUAGGAUACAUUAAAACUGUACUAAGUACUCCAUUAACUACUUAAAUACUGAAAUUUUCCUUUCUUUUGUUUACAUUUUGCUCUGUAUUGUAUUGUAUCUUAGCUAUUGUAUUAUAUUUAAUUUAUUGUACUUUUAUUCUGGGUACUAAUUUCAUACCACAGCCUGUCAGAGUUGUAGGGUAUGACAAAUAAAGGUCCUUAAAUCCAUUUAAAUGAGAAUUCACAGGCUAGAAAACUAACCCUAGCUAUUUCAAUGCUUUUAUAUCUUUAUAUAUGUAUAUAUUUAUAAUUACUAAGUACUAAUGCAACUAAUUAUUACUAUUAGGUGUUGGUGGGACCCCCAGUUUCACUCCGUUCCUCUCAUAACAAAGCACGGUCAAUAGGAUGAGACUGGUUUAGGCAGAAUCAUAUGUGUGGUGGCCAAAGGUGAAAGUCAUGAAUGUCAGUUUAGCUCCAGCCAGACCUCAGGAGGUCUCACUCAGGUUGGAGACCUCUACAAGAGCUCUCAAUACUCUUGAAUCUCUACUUUCUCUCUGCAGGUAACUGUUAAAAUGUACAAGCGGGGCUCUCAGGGCUGGCUGGGUAAAUCCCUCAACGCCACUACCACCAUCCCUUCCAACACCUCUGUGAUCUUCAGGGUCGGCGGGGAAGAGGCGGACGCCCAAUUCCCGGCGAGCAGCGUUCACAGUAUCGCACUCAGCGUAUGAUGAGAAAGCCAUCACAACAAACCAAACAUGAUUUCACCGAGUGCCUUUUACGAUGCGAAUGUUUGUAUUUUGUUUGACUUCACUGAUCACAUAAGUGCUGAUAACCUUUUAUUGGUCAAAACAAAACAAAGAAAUCUAAUUUUUCCGAUUUUCCCUGAUUUUCUGACCCUCAACGGCAAUAUUAUGCUAAUGAAGAUGCUUUCAGAUAAUUAUCCUGAUUAACUUUCUCUUGUUUUGGAUUUCUAGGGCUGGCCCACACUUUACACCAGCCAUUAAUUAAUCAUUAUGUCAGCUGAUUGUGCCAUAUCGGUUCAAGCUUCAAGUGUUUAAUGUGUUAAUUGUGGUGGUUAAAAACUGGCAGCCUCUGGCGCAGGAAGAGCUCGGCUUGUUACUGCGCGUACUGGUUCAAUGGGCAGUGAUUUACGGUCUGUUUGGAUGGUGUAACUGUAAGGUGCUUUAUUAAUAUGCUCCACCACCACGCAGAAGAGAUGAUAACAUAUUCAGGAGUGCUCGGGCACAGCCACCAGCACCAUUCAUAACUGUGUCUGAGUCACUUUCCAUCAGUUACUGGGCUCACAGCUGCGCUAACAGCUAGCAAUUGUAUUUGCUGUGCCUGGUAGUGGCUAAAAUGAAGUUAUUUCCAUUAAGAUAUCAGUGCCUUUAGCUAAUGCAAUAGAAGGAGCUCUCUGUGUCGAUGGUAUCUUUUCACAUGGCAUCUCUCUACCUGAAACAUCAUUACACUGUACUCAAGCUCCUCACUUUUUCAAACCUCUGUUUUACUGUUUUACCCGAGGGCGGGUUGUUUGAACAGGGCUGUGUUUUUAGCAGGAGGUAGGUGUGCAUUUUUAGGACUCCGGUUGUUUACAGGUCUCAGUCAACUGUGCUUGAAUUUUAAACACUUUUCUCAAAACUAUUGACCUUUUACAUUUAAACCUCAUUUUAAUGCAUCUUAAAGAGUCUUCAGGAACUUUUGAUGAGUAUCUGAAAAGUUAGCAUAAGGACAGUUUUUUGGGUACGUGUAAUUUUGAAAUGAAGUGGUUUACUUUGAGUGUAUGUUAAUGAGUGUUUUGUAUUUUGUUUUAUAUAUUUUUUUCUUUUAAAAAAACUUAAAGCACUUUCAGCAUUAAGCCAUCUUAAGAAACCUGAGUAUUAACGCUUUUCUGUGGAUUGAUUUCAGCAUGGUCGUGUGAUUCGGUGGUGUUUUUCUGGUUAUGGUAUUAUUGUGUGUUUUUUAUGUUUACAUGUAUUGGUAAUAUUUGGUGUCCUAAUAAAAAAGACUUAAAGCUUU